CCUGGAAUGUAAGAAUCAAGAGUCUUUGUUCAGAGUCUAGAAAACAGCAUCCAUUAAGAGACUUCAGGAGAACUGGCCUUGAACUGGAUUUGUCAAGACAGUAUAGGGUUAUCUAAACCAGGGUUUCUCAACCUCGGUACUGCUGAUAUUUUUUAACUGGAACAUUCUUUGUGUUCAGGCUGUCCUGUGCAUUUAUCGGAUGUUUUCUGGCAUCUCUGGCCAUACUCAUCAGAUGCCAGUAAUACUGUCUCUAGUCAUGACAACGAAAAAUGCUUGAGACAUUGCCAAAUAUCUCCUGGGGGCAAAAUCUCCUAUUAAGAACCACAGAAAUGCUCCCCUGUUUUUGUUUCUUGCCUAAAUAACCUUUGUUUCCUGCUCAUGGUUAUCCAUUGGUAUUUUCCUUCUUAGCUGGAUGAUGCAGUAAAGGUCAUUUUCAUGCCUACGAAAGCAGCAUUCUGCCUGAGAGGUCCUGCAGUAUGUCUAUAUUUUACCCCUGACGGGCCCCAGACCCGGCAAAUAAAUCUAGGAAGUCUGGUUCCAUGGGAAGCAGAUGGAGCCAAUGAAGUGUUCUGUGGCCUUGCAACCACCACACAGGCUCACAUCAGUUCCUUUCCUGUCAAUUCUGAGUCUGAAACUUGCAGACAGAAAGUGUGGUAUUUACAGAUGCCUCAGUGCCAGACAGCCUGCAGCCCGGCCCCAUUAAGUCCUCGCAGCACGACAUCCAUUUGACAAUGUCAGCAUCCACUCACCAAGAAGUCUGUCUUCUAAGGACUAUAUCGAGAGGAAGUUCUGACAUCUGAUUAAGAGAAGUGGCAUACAAGUUCUUACCUUCAGCUGAGCGGCCCCAGCCUGCAGUUGUGCAAAUAAAUCCAGCCUCAAAUUCUUCCUUUGGCUCUGGAAGACACACUGGGCCCACAAACUGGCCUGAGGAAAAGAGCAGGACAGGGUUGGUCUCAUCCACGGAGGAGAGGACACCCUAAGCCACUCACCAUUUGACUGUUACCCUAAUAAUAUGAACAAUGCCUGUGAGUGAAGAGAAAGAAAGAAAAGUAUAAGAUAUAGCAGAGUCCAGAUGAAGAGGUUUGGGAGAAAAACAAGUGCAAUUUUUGUCUUAGGGGCUGAAAGUUUGGGAUGGCAUUUCCAAUUUUUGGAGCAAGCCAAUAGUGCAUAUGAUUAUUCUGAACACACAUUUUCUGGAACUCGAUGGAUGGACAUCUUGAGGGACUUGGAUCCUGGCCCACACUCAUGAGAUAUCUGGUUAUGAGGAAACUGAGUGGAGACCAUGGUCUAUGCUGCCUGAUACAUUGUCAGAUAUUGGAUUUAAAUCUUUAUGCAAGUGGAAAGUGGCAGGUUGUUCGAGAAGAGUGGGGUGGAGAGAAGAUGUCCUGAUUCACACACCACAGUGGUGUUAGGCUAGAAGAGUUGCCAGGUCAUUCUUUUCAGCAUGUUUUCAAGGAGAGCCUAGAAAGCCCUGCCUGAUGAUCACCCUGCUUCUUUACCUGGCUGAACCCUCUAAUCCUUAUUCCUCAGCUUGGGCAACACCUCAACUGAGACGUCUUCCUUCGUUUUCUCAAGCUGUGGCAGUCCACGAUGUCGUCUAAGGAUUGGCUGAUUCCUUCUCAUCCCUUCAAGGUCUCUCAGUAUAAUGCAAGCCAGACUAUGCACCUGCCCUCAGUGCUUGGUAUUUUCAUCCACAUCAUAUCAUUUAACACAAGAAUCACAUAAGGUAUGUAUCAUUAUUUCCUUUUUAUAGGAGAGGAAACAGAAGGUCAACAAUGUCUUUCAAUGUGCCUAUGAUUCCAUAGAUAGUGAGAGGCAGAGCUAGAAACUGAUAUCAAGUUUGUGUGGCUGCAAAGUCCACGGUCUUUGUGCACAUCACUUUGCCUUUCCUCCUGGCACUCAUAUCCAACUUUGAAAGCUUUUGUGCCUUUCAUACACUUAUUUUUUCUAAAGUAAUUCUUUUCAGGCUGAGGCUUUGUCUUAUUAAAAAAAAAAAAACAAAACAAAAGCCAGAAUGUGAGAAUUCAGACACAUAACCCUAGUACUGCUCAUAUUGUAGGAUAUCAUGGUCAUGAUUCACACACAACUUUUGGGGAAAUGUCCAUGCUUGCUGAUAGUUAUGUAUGUAUGUUUUCUUAAUUCUUCAGAUUGAAGUUCUUCAAGAAAAAUCAAAUUAUUCAGAAGAAUAUGUUGCUCUUUAACCUAGAAAAGCCAUGGAAAUGGCCAAAUGUAACUAACAUACUCUCCCCUGUCCUUGAUUAUGUGCUCUAAUUUGAACCAAGGGAAUAUUAUUCUGAAAUGAUCAUUUUUCUUCCAAUCCAAUUUCCUAGCCUCCCUAGCUGGCUACUUCCAUCCAUACCUCUCUAACUACUCUCUCCCCCCAUCACCAUCAUAUGCCCCCACUUCUUAUUUCCCUAUAGUUUCAUACUACAACCGAUGAAACCAUCACUUACCAGUGUAGGUCUCCAAAUGCUUCAGUUCACUUUCCAAUUAAUCCCAGUCCAUAAAAAUACCUGGACUCUCCUCUGCUUCAUGUAAUCCAAGAAGCAUGAAAAAGUAUGAUGUGAGAGAUAAAUCUUGGAAGAUUUUGCAAAAUAUACUGGAUUUAGCUCAUAACAAUAAGAAAAAUUGUGUUUGGCCCAUUCAGCUUGAACAUAGACACUUUCCAGCCCUUGGUAUCAAUGAUAACUAAGGAUGUGAUUUUUUUUUUUCAUUCCAGGAAAAGGAUCAAGUCAGAAAAACAUGUCAAAAUCAACUCAAUACUUUUUGGUCCAGUCAUUGGAUAAAUGGUGAUAGUAUUUACUGAAAAGAGAAUACUGGUGCAGAGGCACAUUUGGGAUGAGGGUAGAAAAUCAAGAGCUGACCUUUCUAUAAUCACUUAGGUUAUUUACAGUUUAUGUUAUUACAAUCAGUAUUGCUGUAACAUCAUUUUACAUAUUCUUGUACACAUGGGGAAGACUUACUCUACAGUAUUUUAUACAGUAUAGGAGUAAAAUAGCUGAAUUCUAAGGUAAUCGAGUCUCCAAUUUUAAUAUAUUCAUGGAAUUUGAAAAGAAAAUUUGUGUGCACAAAGUAUUCUAGAAGUGAGGCAAAGUUACCAUUUAAAAAUUUUAAUUGUAGGGUUCUCUACAGGUAUCUUCAUUAAAUUAAGAUACCCCAUUAAUGUGGGGUAAUUUCAACCAUUUUAAUCUCUGGUUCUGAUUUCAAUAGCCACCAUUAAAUGAAUAGAUGGAAAACCACACAGCAGUGACAGAGUUCGUUAUUCUGGGAUUAACAGAUAAUCCCACACUAUGUGCCAUCUUCUUUGUGAUUUUUCUGGGAGUUUAUGUAGUUACCAUAGUGGGAAAUAUCAGUAUAAUCAUCUUAAUCCGAAGCAGCCCACAGCUGCACACCCCAAUGUACCUUUUUCUCAGCCAUUUGGCCUUUGUGGACAUUGGGUAUUCCACGUCAGUCACGCCAAUCAUGCUAAUGAGUUUUUUAAGAGAGAAAACAACUAUCCCUAUCACUGGUUGUAUAGCCCAGCUUGGCUCUGAUGUCACUUUUGGGACUACAGAAUGCUUCCUGCUGGCUACCAUGGCCUAUGAUCGCUAUGUGGCCAUCUGCUCUCCCUUACUCUACUCCACCCAGAUGUCCUCAGUGGUCUGCUUCCUCCUACUGGGGGCUUCCUACCUGGGUGGAUGCAUGAACGCUUCAUCAUUUACAGGCUGUCUGAUGAAUCUAUCUUUCUGUGGACCAAAUAAAAUCAACCAUUUUUUCUGUGACCUCUUUCCACUCUUGAAGCUUUCUUGUGGCCAUGUUUUUAUUGCUGAAAUAUCUCCCGCCAUCUCUUCUGCAUCUGUCCUCAUAAGCACACUGUUUACCAUAAUUGUGUCCUACAGCUACAUCCUCCACUCAAUUCUGAAUAUGCGCUCUACUGAGGGGAGGAAGAAAGCCUUCUCAACCUGCACUUCCCACCUCACUGCCGUCACUUUGUUUUAUGGGACAGUUUUGUUCGUUUAUGUGAUGCCCAAGUCCAGUUAUUCAGCUGAUCAGGUCAAAGUGGCCUCUGUCAUCUAUACAGUGGUGGUCCCCAUGUUGAAUCCCCUCAUCUACAGUCUGAGGAACAAGGAGGUGAAAGGGGCCAUGAGAAAACUAAUGGCCAGAACACACUGGUUUUCCUGAAUCAGAUCAGAUAUAAAUCCAUAAAUAACAAAGCAAUGGUUUGGGGAAACAUUUGUGCUGGAUACUUUAAUGAUAUUUAUCACUAACUUCAUCACUUUGAUAGUGAAGAACUCCUAUAAAUGUAAAAAGCCAAUGUUUACUUCCAUAUAGAAAGUUAAAUGUAUAAUUUAAUGUGGAAAUCUGUUUCAUUCAAAUUAAAUAUGAACUUUUCAAGGUAAGAAUACCUGCUUGCAAAAUAGUUUCAUUAAUCAGUUGUGAGUCCUAUAUUAAAUACAGAGAGCUAUUUCCACCAAAGAUCAAAUUUAAUUGAAUUCCAUCUAGUUAAAUAACAUUUGGGAAAAAAAUUUGUCCCCAACAGAUCUGUAAUAAAAGAUAAUAUUGACAAGUCAGGACGUUCAGGCCACUUCCUUUAAAGGUACUGCCCUGCCUUUGUCAAUGUAUAUUUAAACAUUUGGGAACAUUGAUGUUCAUGUCUCCAGAAAGCCUCUAUGUCCACUUUAUUGAAGCGAGAGCAAAGAUCAUGAUUCCUCUGCUUGGCCAUUAAGAGAUCCAACCCAGAUAACACAGAAGAGACCUUGUAUACACCUGUGCUGACUCUUUUUACAAUGUAAGUCUUACCAGAUGAGUCUAGGGUAAGAUUUCAGAAGCUGAGGUUUCUUUGGAGGGGGCGACUGGGACAUGGGGACUUUGUUUCAGCAAUAAUUUAUAGGUAGGAGGCAUGAAAUUAUGGGUCAGGCAAAUAAUACAUCCACACAUUUUGUAAUGUCUCUCAAGGAGGCGUCCACUGUCCCGGCUUCUUCCACUGACCUUUUGGCGCUUAUGAUCCCGUCUGGUUAUGGCAGUUGCCUCUAAAUUGAUUCCCUGCCUCCUGUAUGCCUUUCACAAUGAUUUUUGAUUAAUAUUUUAGCUAAUAUAUUUUGUUAGCAUAUGAAUGAUGUCAGACAAAUUCUGAGACACUUUGGAGGGACCACUUUGCGAGCUGAGCUGGUAAAGCGCCAAAGUCAGCACAGACACAGCCCUUUGCAAAGAGAGGGCUCCCAAAGGUAUGACUUCAGUCUUGGAAAAGGGCAUGUUUGAGUCACGGUGGGAGAUCUGCACUCUGGUGGUUGAAGUUUUUCGCUGAGUGUUUCUGGAAGUCUUUGUCUUCUUCUUUCCUCCUAUACUUUGCUUUUCACCAGGAUUCAUCUUCAGCCCUCUUCCCUCUCCUCCUCCCCAUGAUCCCCAUAGGUAAUCUUAUCUUCUCCCAUGAGCUCAGCUGCCACUGGUGUGGUGAGAGUCCCUACACACCUUCCUUGAAGGACAGAUGAACUUCUUCACUGGCCUUUUCCCCCAAGACUCUCAAACUCAGUGUGCCCUGACUGUAUUUAUCGUAUUUCUCACAAAAUUAUUCCUUUUCCUCUGGUUCUUUCCCAAUUAGUGGCAACUCUUUGUAAGGCCUAGUACUGCAAGAGAUUUGGGGCAACUCUCACUGCACACCCAUCAAAAUAGUCUGCCUCCCUCCACCCCAUUCCUUCUGUCAGAUGGAAGACAUGUUGCAUACUGGCGUCUCCCAUAUCUAAGUCUCUUCUGUCUAGGCACGUAAAGACUCCCCAGUUGAUUGUGGUAAGUCCAUACUGAGAUUUUUUCCUUCAUAUUUCCACUUGAAGAGAUUCAAUAAUCCAAUCACCCAGAUGUAGGGUGUGUGGCACUGUUACAACAUUUAGUGGAGAGGAUAGGCGUCGACACUUAUCUUUUCCCUCCCAAGUUCUCAAUCAACCGAGGAGAUGACAAAAAGAGAAGGCAUAUGGGAGAGCAAAAAUAUUAACCUAUAUCAAUGAAGGAGCUGAUAUUAGAGUAUGUGACACAUAUUUGUGGACACGUGCUUUCAUGUUCUGAAUCCCAGAAUCUGACACUCUCCUUCCCUGUCCCUGGUCUCUGCAGUGAGAGUAGGCCUGUCUCCAUCCAUUUAUAGCAUGGCCAAGAGCAGCCCAGAGCACUGAGGACAGACUCACUCCCAAGAGAAAGGGGAAGGCAAAAGGCUGGGAUUUCUGUUAUGGGUUGAAGUGUGUCCCUCAAAAAUUCAUCCUAACCACCAGUAUCUCAGAAUGUGAUCUUACCUGGAAUAUGGUUGUUACAGGUGUAGUUAGUUAAGAUGAAGUCACAUUGGAGGAGGCUGGGCUUCUAAUCCAAUAUUACUGGUAUCCUUAUUUUUUUUUUAAAAAGAAGAAUUUGGAUACAGACAGCACACAGGGGGAACCUCAUAUGAAAAUAAAAACAGAGAAGUGGGUUAUGCUUCUACAAGCCAAGGAUCACCAAAGAUUGCCCACAAACCGUCAGAAGCUAAGUGAGAGAGAUGGAAGGAAUCCCACAGUCCUCAAAAAGAAGCAACCCUGCUGACACCUUGAUCUUGGACUCCUGAACUGUGAAAGAAACAAUUUUUGUUGUUUAAGCCACUCAGUUUAUGGUACUUUGUUAAGGUACCGAGCUAAUAUUACUAUAUAUCUAGUUUUCCCCUCCAAACUUACCAUCAGCUAAUUUAUUACUUCUAGGGAAGGAAGGAGUGAAGGCUAAGAAAGGUGUGUUAUGGGGGUACCUGGGUGGCUCAGUUGGUUAAGUGUCUGACUUUGGCUCAGGCUAUAAUCUUACGGU